GUCGUAUAUCGCUGGCAAUAAUGUUGCGCACGGCAUCCGUCACUCGGUGGCGCAGAGCGUUGACCGCCGCCGUCCACGGUCGUCACUUGAGCUCAAAGAAACCUGGCGCUCCAUUGAAGGAACGCUUCGUGUCGGUGGACCGAUCGGGCUUGAAGCAGCCGCACCUGCAUGCUUUGCUCAAGGACAACACGCACGUCCAGGCGUUGGGCCAGCAGAAGAAGUCGGCCAACGAGAACGAUUUGACGCGGUUUCUCCACAGUUUGAUCGCCGUGCGGGGUCCCAUCACAGUGGCAGAGUUCAUGCGUCACGCAUUGAGCCAUCCCGUGCACGGGUACUACAUGAAGCGCGACGUGUUUGGGACAAAGGGCGACUUCACGACCGCGCCAGAGAUCAGCCAAAUGUUCGGCGAACUCAUCGGCGUGUGGUGCGUCGCCACGUGGCAGCAGAUGGGCAGUCCGUCGCAUGUCAAAGUCGUCGAAGUCGGGCCCGGGCGCGGGUCGCUCAUGGAGGACUUUGUGCGCACCGCCAAACAGUUCCCAGCCUUCUACAAAGCGCUCGAGAUCCAUUUGGUCGAGAUCAGCCCCGCCCUUCGCGAACUCCAACAGACCAAGCUCCUCGCUGUGAAAACCUCUGCAGACUCGUUCCGGUUGCCGAUGGACGGCCCUGCUAUCUGCUGGCACGACGAUCUGUCCCAUGUGCCAGAAGGCCCGACCUUAUUUGUCGCCCAAGAACUGUUUGAUGCGUUGCCCGUGCAUCAAUUUGAAUAUACUCCCAAAGGGUGGUGUGAGCGACUGAUUGACAUUGACGAAACGAGUGACAACCCCGACCACUUUCGCUUCGUCGUGUCCCCGGGACCGACGCCAGCCACGCGGGUGUACAUUGGCAAAGAGAAGAUUGUCACCCCCGACGUCCAACUGCCUGUCAAGUCGGCCAACGUUUCGAAUCCGUCCAAAAACCCCCAAGACAUAUUGGACGAUUUGAAUGAAUCCGCGGCGAGGAUCACUGCGCAUUUGGAAGCGCUGGAGAACGAAUCGUCUGUUGAGGUCGUGCCGGUGCUGUCCCCCGGUGUCCAAGUCGGCGAUCGCAUCGAAAUCAGUCCGCUGGGGAUUGCUUUGGUUCAGGACAUGGCCAGCCGCAUUGCAAAGCACGGCGGAGCGGCGUUGGUGGUGGACUAUGGCCGAGACCAUGCGUCGGAAGUGAGUUUGCGAGGUAUCCAGCACCACCAGUUUGUCAGUGUCCUGCGCGAGCCUGGCGACGUCGAUUUGAGCAUCGACGUGGACUUUAAUACGUUGAAACGAUAUGCAACGGCCGAGCCCAAUGUGCGGGCAUACGGUCCGAUCGGCCAGGGGCUGUUCUUGAAGGAGAUGGGCAUUGAACAUCGCAUGGCGGCGCUUUUCCAGCAUGCGUCGGAAGAAACGCAAGAAAACAUCUACGACGCGUACGAGCGACUGGUGAACCCCGAUCAAAUGGGCUCGAUUUUCAAAGCCAUGGCCCUAGUGUCGGACAAAGUCGUGGGGGACCCCGUGGGGUUUCCUUCGAACGACACCAACUAAAUAACCAGGCUUAACUACGACACCAACUAAGCAUAAUCAAUGUCAAGUUGAAGUUAGAGGACUGGGUUGUCCGAGUGUGG